CAGAGGGAGUCAGCCAAAACUGGGCUUGGGAGCGGGAGGCUUUCCUUGUUUGUGUGGAUUCUUGGGGUGGUCGGUUUCUUCCCCUCUCGCUGUUAGCUGCUUUGGAGGUUGGUUUCACAGUAAAGAUUCUUUCUUUGAAGGAACAUGGAGCGACUGCUUCCACGGGGGCACCAGCCCUUCUGCUUUUACUCUGCCCAAAGCUAACAUGUCACUGAAGAACGAGCCAAGGGUGAACACGUCUGCUCUGCAGAAGGUUGCUUCUGACAUGAGUAAUCUCAUAGAAAACCUGGACACGCAGGAGCUCCACUUUGAGGGUGAAGAGGUGGAAUAUGACAUGUCUCCUGGAGACCCCAAGACACAGGAAGUGUAUAUUCCUUUCUCUGCUAUUUAUAACACUCAAGGAUUUAAGGAGCCUAAUAUACAGACGUAUCUCUGCGGCUGUCCAAUAAAAGCACAAGUUCUGGAUGUGGAACGCUUCACAUCUACAACAAAGGUACCAAGUAUCAAUCUUUACACUAUUGAAUUAACACAUGGGGAGUUUAAAUGGCAAGUGAAAAGGAAAUUCAAGCACUUUCAAGAAUUUCACAGAGAGCUGCUCAAGUACAAAGCCUUCGUCCGAAUCCCCAUUCCCACCAGAAGACACACAUUUAGAAGACAGAACGUCAGGGGGGAGGAACCUCGGGAGAUGCCGAGUUUGCCCCGCUCAUCUGAAAACAGGAUUCGAGAGGAACAGCUCUUUGGUAGAAGGAAACAACUGGAAGAUUACUUGACAAAAAUACUGAAAAUGCCCAUGUAUAGAAACUAUCAUGCCACAACAGAAUUCCUUGAUAUAAGCCAGCUAUCUUUCAUCCGUGAUUUGGGACCAAAGGGCAUAGAAGGUAUGAUCAUGAAAAGAUCUGGGGGACACAGAAUACCAGGUUUGAAUUGCUGUGGUCAGGGGAGAGCUUGCUACAGGUGGUCAAAAAGAUGGUUAAUAGUGAAAGACUCUUUUCUACUGUACAUGAAACCAGACAGCGGUGCCAUUGCCUUCGUCUUACUGGUAGAUAAAGAAUUCAGAAUUAAGGUGGGAAAGAAGGAGACAGAAACAAAAUAUGGACUCCGAAUUGAUAAUCUUUCAAGGACACUUAUUUUAAAAUGCAACAGCUAUAGACAUGCGCGGUGGUGGGCAGGAGCUAUAGAAGAAUUCAUCCAGAAACAUGGCAACAACUAUCUCAAAGAUCAUCGAUUUGGGUCCUAUGCUGCUAUCCAAGAGAACACUUUAGCAAAGUGGUAUGUUAAUGCCAAAGGAUAUUUUGAAGAUGUAGCAAAUGCAAUGGAAGAGGCAAAAGAAGAGAUUUUUAUCACAGAUUGGUGGUUGAGUCCAGAAAUUUUCCUGAAACGCCCAGUGGUUGAAGGAAAUCGUUGGAGGUUGGAUUGCAUUCUUAAACGAAAAGCACAACAGGGGGUGAGGAUCUUCGUCAUGCUCUACAAAGAGGUCGAACUGGCUCUCGGGAUCAAUAGUGAGUACAGCAAGAGGACUCUGAUGCGUCUCCACCCCAACAUAAAGGUAAUGAGGCACCCGGAUCAUGUGUCUUCCAGCAUCUACCUCUGGGCUCAUCAUGAGAAGCUCAUCAUCAUUGACCAAUCAGUGGCCUUUGUUGGUGGGAUCGACCUGGCCUACGGACGGUGGGAUGACAACGAACACAGACUCACAGACGUGGGCAGUGUGAAGCGGGUCACCUCAGGACCAUCUCUGGGUUCCCUCCCAGCUGCAACAACAGAGUCUAUGGAAUCUUUAAGCCUCAAAGACAAAAGUGAACCAAAUAAGAACCUUUCCACCAUGAAGAAUGUUGAUGACAUGGAUGCAAAAACGAAAGGGGGAGGAAAGCCAAGAAAGUUCUCCAAGUUUAGCAUCUACCGGCAGCUCCACCGGCACCACCUGCGCAACGCAGAUAGCGUCAGCAGCAUUGACAGCGCCUCCAGUUAUUUUAAUCACUGUAGAAGUCACCAGAAUUUAAUCCAUGGUUUAAGACCCCACUUCAGACUCUUUCGCCCUUCCAGUGAGUCUGAGCAGGGACUCACUAGAUCUGAGGCCGACACCAGCUCCAUUCGCAGUUUGCAGACAGGUGUGGGUGAGCUACACGGGGAGACCCGAUUCUGGCAUGGAAAGGACUACUGCAAUUUUGUCUUCAAGGACUGGGUGCAGCUUGAUAAACCUUUUGCUGAUUUCAUUGACAGGUACUCCACUCCCCGGAUGCCCUGGCAUGAUAUCGCCUCUGCAGUCCAUGGGAAGGCGGCACGUGACGUGGCGCGUCACUUCAUCCAGCGCUGGAACUUCACGAAGAUUAUGAAGUCAAAAUAUCGGUCUCUUUCUUAUCCUUUUCUACUCCCAAAGUCUCAAAAAACAGCCCAUGAGUUGAGAUAUCAGGUGCCUGGGUCUGUCCGUGCUAAAAUACAGGUACUGCGUUCUGCUGCUGACUGGUCUGCUGGAAUAAAGUACUACGAAGAAUCCAUCCACACCGCUUAUGUCCAUACGAUAGAGAACAGCAAGCACUAUAUCUACAUCGAAAACCAGUUUUUCAUAAGCUGUGCUGAUGACAAAGUUGUAUUCAACAAGGUGGGUGAUGCCAUUGCUCAGAGGAUCCUGAAAGCUCACAGGGAGAGCCAGAGAUACCGGGUAUAUGUUGUGAUUCCGCUCCUGCCAGGGUUCGAAGGAGACAUUUCAACCGGUGGAGGAAAUGCUCUACAGGCCAUAAUGCACUUCAACUACAGAACCAUGUGCAGAGGAGAAAAUUCCAUCCUUGGACAGUUAAAAACAGAGCUUGGUAAUCAGUGGAUAAACUACAUAUCAUUCUGUGGUCUCAGAACACACGCAGCACUGGAGGGAAACCUGGUCACUGAGCUCAUCUAUGUUCACAGCAAGUUGCUAAUCGCUGAUGAUAACACUGUUAUCAUUGGCUCUGCCAACAUAAAUGACCGAAGCAUGCUGGGAAAGCGGGACAGCGAAAUGGCUGUCAUCGUGCAGGACACAGAGACAGUCCCUUCGGUGAUGGAUGGAGAAGAGUAUCAAGCUGGCCAGUUUGCCCGAGGACUUCGGCUGCAGUGCUUCAGAGUUGUCCUUGGCUAUCUUGCUGACCCAAGUGAGGACAUUCAGGAUCCAGUGAGUGACAAAUUCUUCAAGGAGGUGUGGGUUUCAACAGCAGCUCGAAAUGCUACAAUUUAUGAUAAGGUGUUUCGGUGCCUUCCCAAUGAUGAAGUACACAAUUUAAUUCAGCUGAGAGACUUUAUAAACAAACCCAUAUUGGCUAAGGAAGAUCCCAUUAAAGCAGAGGAGGAACUGAAAAAGAUCCGUGGAUUCUUGGUGCAGUUCCCCUUUUACUUCUUGUCUGAAGAAAGCCUACUGCCUUCUGUUGGAACUAAAGAAGCCAUGGUGCCCAUGGAGGUUUGGACUUAAGAGUUCUACUGGUUUACAGCUCAAAGACUUCUACCCCAAAGACCACAUGCACACAGUGACUUCCUGAGACAUCAUAAUCAAAGCCAGGCUCGAUGCACUCCAUAUCCAACCCAGGGACCCUUGGGAGUAGCUGGGAAGGAUUGUGGUCAUACUGGUAUAAGGACACUGAGUAGCAGCAAGGCUUUGUGAUUCUGUCUGACUAAACUUGUGAAAGGGGUGUGCGUGCUUGUUGUACUCAAAUCCCAUUGCAUAUGCCAAAACCCAUUUUCUUUGUAACAGGAAUUUACCUGUAACUGUGAUCCAGGUUGCCAAAAGUUGUUCGAGCUUCCUUAUUUUUCUCUGAUCUUCAUUUGUGGAGUCAGUAUCUGCUGGGACAUGCCCUCAAUGCAUAGUCCAUAAAGACACUGUUUGAGAUAUUGUUUAUUACUAGGAGAUAUCAUGCUGCUGCUGCUCUGAGAUUCUUCAAGGUCACAUGGGAUGCCCCUGCCCAUCCAGCCUUAAAGUUGUAGUGUCCACCCAGUCAAGGACAUGGUCAUUAUUUCUUUCAGUUACUGUAUGGACAGGACAGACAUUAGGCUCUACAUCACAGCCUAUGUUAGACACUUCUGAUGACAUUGGCAGUAUAUCUUGACACCACAGAGCAGCAGGAAGGAAUUCAGUUCCUAUGCUUUGCUCCCAAAGGCACUGAUAAGAUGUGUCCUCAUGGUUAGACCCCCCGAUCAGAUAUGAAAACAUGCGUAGGAUGUGUGAUUCCACAGCAACCCAAUAAAACUCAGAGCACACAGCCUUCAGAAACCUCCAGUGUGUCAGGGGUAUCCAUUCCAGAUUUUAAAAAAAGGAGAUUCCUUCUAGUCCUGUAAAAUUCCCUGUCAUCCCUAGCGGCUGGAUUAAAAUUUGAGUUUAAACAUUUCAAAAUCAGUGAAUACUAUUUGUCUUUCAAGAGAAUCAGUCUUCAUAAUGCCUACAAAGCUGACAAGUGCAACUCUAACCUUGUUUGACAUUCAGCUUUCCUGCUAUGUUAUCUUCUUUAAGAAAAAAUUAAUUGAUUAUAAAAUAUGUGCCACUUCACUUGCAUGAUUAAAUAUACAUUAACAUUCCAGCAGAGCUUCUGAUGAAGUUAGAAUACUUGCUGAUUCUCAUUGUCCUAGUCUGUGAAUUGUUCUGAAACACAUUUCCUCUUCAGAUGUUAGAGUAUUCUUUGAUAGGCCAAAAUUAUACUAAGCAAACUACUCUCAUAGUCUGAAGAGUUAUUGUGGGUUCCUAAGGCUUGUGCUCAUAAGACAUAUCUAUGGCUUAUCUGGAUAGACUGUCAUUUGGGUUGUUCUUCAAAGAAGCGACACCCAAUCCCUGUUGUCAUGGAGCUGAUACUUCAGACGGAAAGGUUAAACAGGACCACAAAGUCAUUGAUGUGAUUUAGCAGAAGAGCGAGACGGUGUCACAUCCAAGAGAGGAUGCCACAGCUAGCGGAUUUCUGUAACCAGCAAUGGAAAUGAAUGUUUUAUGAGUAAAUAACUUACUUCUCAUAUGACUGAAGAUGACAAAAUGACUUCAUUCCAUGGCAGUUGUAAAUAAGAUUUGCUAUCUGUCAAAGAAAUUUAGGUUGGCAUUUGAAGUAUUGAGUAUGUGUGGAAUACCUCAGGAUUCCUUAUAUUUUAUUUUAAAAUAUUUUUUAAACCUUAGAACUGUUAGCAAACUGGCUCUUGAUUUUGUGCAAGAUGUUCCCAUAAAACUACAACAAAUAAAAGUCUGAAGAGACCCUUUCCCUUAAAAAGUCAGUUAAUCCAACCCCUCCCCAUAUUAUAGAUGAGGAAACUAAGGCUCCGAUGGGAUGAAGAACUCACUUAAGUCCACUCACCAUGUAGAUGGUGGAACUGGGACUAGCAAAAUUGCCACAGUCUGUUCUUGGCUUCUCUCUUCACUUCGCUGCCCGGAAAUGAGGACAUGCAGCAAGCAGGUUUUACAGCAUCUCUACGCUGUUGGAGAUGUCCACAGCCACCGUCUCACUGUGUGCUCACAGGACGAAGAGGUGCUGCAUCUAUGUGUUUGUCUGUCUCCCCCUACUAGAACGGAAGCUCCAUGGGGCAGGGACCUUGCGUAUUUUGUUCAUAGUGUAUCCCCAGAGCCUGGAGCAGUACCUGGCACAUAAGAAGAGCUGUCGAUAAAUGUUUAGUGGAAUUAUAAACAAGGUGAGGGAGAGAGCUAAUGAAAUGAAAAACUUAGUUUCAGGCAAGAAAUUAUCUUGCUGGUAUCUGUUGCAUCUUCUCAAAGGCAAAAUGCUCAUCUGAAAGAGGCAAUGGGAUUUACUUGAAAGGAUUUUGUGGAAAAUUCCAUGCAGUAAGUGUCUUUUUUGCAGUAGCAGUUUAUGUAGUGCAGCAUUCAGCAAACAUCACGUGGAAUGUGGCCACAAGAUGUACUGUAUUACCUCCUUACCUGUCAUUCUCUGACACCGUUACUAGAAGUUCAAAUAGUUUAUCUUUAACAUUGCAAAGUCUGAUAAUACUUUUAAAAUGUAAAUAACUCAAAGCCUUGAAAAUCUAUCAUGAAUCUGUUCAACAUUUUGAAUUGACUAUAAUCUUUUGAAAUGCCUAUAAAUGCUAUACCUGACACCCUGCUGAUCUCUGCAGUAAUUUUUGUUUUCAAGAAGGAAAAAUUCUGGUAUUACAAGAAAUGAAGAAUGGAACAUGGUUAUGGCCUGUUAAAGCUAUUCAGAUUAGCCAAAUUAGGCGUUGCCGGUGCAAGCCUUUGUUCUGAGUCAUGUGUCCAGCCCUUGACUCACCUUCAGUGGGAUGUUUUGAGUUCUUAGCUGUAAUGCAUUGCUGAGAGGUAUGGAGAGCUGGCCAUUAGAUAAUUGUGUGGCAUACUGUAAAAGAAAAUAUCGACUUUCAAAGCACCUUUGAAAGAAAAUUUUGUCUCUCAAAAUAUGAACAGUUAAUUUUAUAUAUUAGAACUUGGGAAAUUAGAUCAUGAAUUAACAAUCUUCCAGGUGAAAACAUGCUAAGUCAUUUUGCAGAUGUAGAUUGGGCAAAAUAGAUUGCAUGUGUAUAUAGUGAUGGACUUUUUUCUGCAUCACCUCAUUCCUUAUGCCUUCAACCUCUAUUCCCAACCAAAGCACCUCCUUAUUAUAUAAAAACCAUUGUAGAAGAUAAGAAGAAAUGUCCUGGAAAAACCAAAAGUAGGCCUUAAAUUCAUCUGCUCAGGCUGCCAGAAGAAGGUGCCAUAGAUUGGGUGACUUAAACAACAGAGAUUUAUAUUCGGCAAGUUUGAAAUUGGGGUGCCAUAGGGUUGGUUUCUGGUGAGGGCUCUCUUCCUGGCUUGUUUCCGGUCACCUUCUCACUGUGUGCUCACAGGACAAAGAGAGAAAGCUCCCUGAUGUCUCUUAUAAGGGCACUAAUUGCAUCAUGAGAGGCCCACCCUCAUGACCUCAUCUAACCCUCAUACCUCCCAAAGGUCCCAUCUCCAAAUACCAUCACACUGGAGGUAUGGGCUUCAACAUAUGAAUUUGAGGGGAGGCACAAACGUUGUCUGUAACAAGCCUGUAUAGUAAAUCUUCAUUAAUUCACAGUUUUAAGUGACUGACACAAUAUUAUGUUUUCACCGAGGUCAUUGUUCUUUUUAACUUCUCUGAUCUGAUGUGUUUCCUGAGCAUUUUCAGGUGCCUGUCAUCCUCUGUGGCAGGGAUGAAGAGGACUCUCUUUGUCUCUAUCCCUCUCUACUCUUUCUAGUUUAAAAUGGGCAAAUGUUAAAAAAUUUUAGAUGUGCUGGAAAUACGUUUUUGUUUCUUUGGGAGAUUUGCUGAGGUCAGCUGGCAGUUUGGUGAUCUAUAAUGAGUUUGCCCAGCCUAGUCCUUGAGAGAUUCUUGUAUCUAGAAAUCCACUGGAAAUGGAAUUCCUCAACCUCUAUCAAUAAAAUACAAGUAGAAGGAUCAA